AUGAACCUACGAGCAAGCAUCGCCAGGGCGAGAGUCGUGGCUGCUCCUCGAGCCAUUGGCGCGCAGCAGAGGGGGUUCCAGAGCUGCGGGGUGCUUGCGGUUGGGAAGGAGAGCGCUGUUCACGAAGAAGGCCGCGCGGAAAAGGUCGAGGCGCAUAAGCAGGACCAGCUGGAGAAGCAGAAGCAGGGCAAAGGGCACUGGAAGGAUGAGCUGGCGAGUGACAGCGAGAGCAUAAUAAAAGCAGACCGCGACGACAUCGAUACGAAGCAGACCAUCAGCGAGCUGCAGAAGGAGUCGGCAAAGGCCGCGGAGCGGGAGAAGAAGGGGCAGUAG